UUGGAACGGCAGUCCAUUGUGAGGUUCUGGCUUGAUCGGUUUACCAUUUUUUAACACCCAGCCGGUUCCGCGAGUCGCUUGUUUAGCUGAGUUCGCAUCGAAUCGUCUUUGUGAUAGACAGUGCUUCAAUUCCGCCUUUGGUUGCUUAUUCGUUGGGCCUGUGAAGCUGAUCGUUCGUCGGGAGUUCUGAGGGAAGAUUUCAUUGAAAGGGAUCGGAAGGGUGCAUCAUAGUGCGAUUAAGUGAAUUCACAUCUUCGGUAAAUUGAAGAAGCAACUGUGGUGUUAUUGUGUUGUGGUUUCUGAAGAAAGUGAAUCGCGGUGCAUCGUUGAUAAGAGCUGAUUGUCGGCGGUAGACCAAAAAAGUGAGCAACAGCAGCGGCAGCAGCUGUAAAGGCAGCUAACGAACGAACGAGGAGGCAGCGGAUUGUGAUUAGCGAAGCGUUUCCAUUUGAAAACAGAACUAUGGACGUUGAAUCGGAGGGCGUUCAGCCCGUGACCGGCACUGGGAAUGGGCAUUCGGCCUCCAUCACCACAAUCGAAACCGACGACACACACCUGGAGCUGGCCGCGCGGAGACGGAUGUUCAUGUCACAACCGUCGACAGUGGCCAUUCGGCGGCAGCAGGCCGUUUGCGUACGGCGGGCACACAAAGUUUACGGUACCAAAAAGAACCCAAACGUCAUCCUGGACGGGUUGAACAUGACCGUACCGAAGGGAUCGAUUUACGGUUUAUUGGGAGCUUCCGGAUGCGGCAAAACCACCCUCCUCUCCUGCAUCGUUGGUCGACGGCGGUUGAACUCCGGCGAAAUAUGGGUUCUUGGUGGUCGACCAGGAUCCCGAGGCUCAGGAGUGCCCGGACCACGUAUCGGUUACAUGCCACAGGAAUUGGCUCUCUACGGAGAAUUCACCAUCCGGGAGACGUUGAUCUACUUCGGCUGGAUCUGUGGCAUGACGGCCGAGCAAGUGGACGAGAAAACCGACUUCCUACUAAAACUCCUUCAGCUACCGAAUGCUUCGCGGUUCGUAAAAAAUCUUUCCGGAGGUCAGAUGCGGCGAAUGAGCCUGGCAGCCGCGUUACUUCACUCCCCGGAGUUGUUGAUCCUAGACGAGCCCACCGUCGGUGUAGAUCCAGUUCUACGCCAGAGUAUAUGGGACCACAUGGUAGAGAUAGCUAAGAAUGGAAACACUACAGUAAUCAUCACAACACACUACAUCGAAGAAACACGACAAGCCCACGUGAUUGGUUUGAUGCGAGGUGGAAAAUUUCUUGCCGAAGAAUCACCUGCCGAUUUACUUGCCCAGUACCAUGCCGAAUCGCUGGAAGACGUCUUCUUAAAGCUAUCGGUCAUACAAAACAUGGGCAAACGACGGCGGUCAUCGAUUGCCCAAGAGGUCGUGGAAACCAUUCGUGUACCAGCAAUAGCAAAUCCAGCACUAGACCUAUCGCCAGAGGAAGACCAUGGUGAGAUCUCUGGCGAAUUUGGCGACAACAUCUCUAUGUCCUCGCGUGGUCCCGAGUCAAUCACUCCGGAAAUUCAAGCUCCUCCGCUUCCGCCGGAAGAAGACACCAAAGUUCCCUUUAUCGAGUACUUUAAGUUUGUAAAGCCCAAUCACAUGCGAGCUCUCAUCUGGAAGAACUUCUUGUGGAUGUGGCGAAAUGUUGGAGUAAUGGCUUUCAUCAUUGGAUUGCCAGUAGGACAAAUUAUUCUCUUCUGUUGGGCUAUCGGACAUGACCCUGUUGGAUUACGUGUAGCUGUUACGAAUCAUGAGCUGGAAAUGGCCAACCUAUCAUACGCUGAUUGUCCUUCGUACCCGGGUUGUAAUUACUCUCUAUUAAGUUGUCGAUAUUUAGAUAAUUUGAAAAACAGGAAUGUUGAUGUGCAAAUGUUCGAAACCGAUCAGGAUGCUCUUAACCAAGUCAGCAGAGGAAAGGCAUGGGCGUCGCUCAUAUUCUCUCAUAACUACUCGGAAGCACUUGUCGAACGGUCAGAAAAUAUACGAAGUGUUGAGGAGUGGACCUUAGAUGCGGCGAGCGUGAUAGUCAGCAUGGAUAUGUCAAAUCAGCAAAUCGGAAGUCUGCUUUACAGGGAUAUUCAAUAUGCGUAUUUCUCGUUCAUUGAAAGUAUCUUAAGUGAUUGUGAUAUAAAUCCGUCGAACGGUAGAUUGCCAAUUCAAUGGCAUAAGCCUAUCUAUGGCGAUGUGCAGCCCAACUUUACGGACUUUGCCGCUCCUGGUGUUAUUCUGACCAUUAUUUUCUUCUUAUCGGUGGCGUUGACUUCCGGCGCGAUGUUGAUCGAGCGAAACGAAGGAAUCAUGGAACGAUGUCUGGUAUCAGGUAUUACCGGCGUUGAGAUUCUGUUUUCUCACGUUACAACACAAUUUUUGGUGAUGUGUGGUCAAACGGCGCUUGUGAUCCUGUUCAGCUUCUAUGUGUUUGACUUGACCAUCCAAGGAGAAAUAUUCUGGGUCGUCAUGCUGACGAUACUAACUGGACUGUGCGGAAUGUGUUUCGGUUUCGUAGUGUCCUGUUCGGUUGAUAACGAACGUUCCGCCACCUACAUGGCUAUGGGAAGCUUCCUGCCGAUCGUAAUGUUGUGCGGUAUCAUCUGGCCCAUCGAGGGAAUGCAUCCAAUGGUGAAAAUCUUCUCCGUUUUCCUACCGCUCACUAAAUCAACAGAAUCGCUGCGGUCGAUCCUACAGCGGGGCUGGCUCAUCGGUAAUCCAAACGUGUGGAUAGGGUUCGCCUCGACCGGAAUCUGGAUAGUCAUAUUCCUAACCAUCAGUAUAUUGUUGCUCAAGUUUAAGAAGGGAUAAUGCGCUUGCUCAAUAUGUCAUAUAAGCUAACUCCUGUUGAAGGCUUUCUAGGGUAGUUUUAACUUUAUUUAGAUAGGAAUGUAUGAAAUAGUGGAGAACAGUGUCUUGCGUAGCUCUUAAUUAGUUAGAUCCAAAUAUAUACAUAUUGUACUUCAGUACGGAAAGGACUGACAAAUGGUAGAUCUUGCGAUUAUUCUAUCGUGUGCUUAGGAUAGGUGUUUAAUCAGCAGUGUAAAUAUCCCAGACAUUUUUUAUUUAUAAACACAAGCAUUCCACACUGUGUUAAAUCUUUUAGGUCUGAUUCCUCCUUUGUUAAAAACAACAAAAUCUAUUGUGAUGGUCUAUUACGUAGUUUCUGUAUUUGUGUUACCAACUAUUGCGUUGAAUAAACCGAUUCUGUUAAUCAAGUCAAUAAAUUCGAAAU